AUGGAGGAGGCAAAAAAUAUGGCGUUGCUGUUCUUUAUGGAUCAUUUGAUGCAGAAGAAUGGCCGGCGAACUAUACAUGACUUGAGCUGCCAGUUUGGUGCACGCGGGUUUUCGGAAGAGAUGCGAAACGCGGUCGGCACCACACAAGAGGGGCUAACCGAAUUCCUCCAGCAGCAUCCAUCCCUCUUUACCCUUGAGGGAGACCAGGUGAUACUGAAUGGAUUUGGUGACAUCACAGCCAAAAACAAUCCCCUUCUACAAUCCGCGUCUCGAAACCGGGACUACGAGAAAGAGGCUGUGGAAUUCUUUGUUAUGAAGCUCACCAAGUUUGGACCAGAGUUACAGGUAAAACAUCAAGUUGCUCAAAUAGUAGCUCAGUUGGUAGUCAUAAGCAUUAAUGCUCUGAUGAUUUUCGUCAGUUCUUGUGGUUAUCUCGUAAGUCAAAUAAUGGCUAAAGCAGUCGUUCCCUUAUACAAGCUAAAACAUCAGAACGAGUACUUGAUGGGAUUGGCUAAGGGGUAA